CAAUGUCGCUAUCUCUCUCGAAUGGCAUUUAAUAUAUGUACACAAUUCAGCGGUAAACAUGCUCGUUCAAUCUUCAAUCGUACUAAUUUACGAACAUACUUCUUGAGACAAUUAGCAGUGAUUAACAGCAUACCGAUGAUAGUGCACACUUGCGUAAAAACAAAUACAAGUUUCAUGGUAAAUCGCAGCAAAAAUCCCAUAUCAUCCACCGUCUAUUGUCCAUUCCUGCAAAUUAGCAUUGCCUUGCCUUGAGUAAGGUUAACGUCUCAUAGCGAGAGCAGUCGGGUCUCGGCACACAUAUAUAUGUACAUGCAUACGUACAUACAUAUACGCGUAUGGAUUUUGGGCAAGUGUGCGGAUGCAAUGGUGAAUAAUAAGAGUUCCGCAGAAAUUCACUUUUGAGUGAUAAAACGACGUUAUUUAACACCAGAGAAGGUCAAUAGAGGUGUAUAAAGUUUAAGUAAGAGAGAGAGUUGCGAGAGUUAUGUAAGUAUCGUGUAACAACACUGAGUCGCAAAUUUGACAGAAAAUGAAACAUGUGCUCUGAUGUUUAUAACAUCACGUCAAUAUGAUGAUUUAUGAUGAUACGCUUUAACGUCACACGUGGAACGUGUUGCGAUGUAAAACGCCGCGCCUUGCGUUUAACUCGCCUACCGUUGUAACGCAUGACAGAUCUCAAAUGCCGAUGAUCAUGGCGCAGGAGGAAGGUGAGAAGUACCCGAUUCACAGAUGUAUAUUUCAAGGCAGCAUCAAGACACUGAGUUCCUUAAUUAGAACACACGAUAUUGCUGAAAAGGAUAAACAAGGGAACACACCUUUGCAUUUAGCUGUGAUGUUAGGAAGGAAAGAAUGUGUUCAAUUAUUGCUUGCACAUGGUGCACCCGUAAAAGUGAAGAAUCUAGCUGGCUGGAGUCCACUGGCUGAAGCAAUCAGUUACGGAUAA